AAUUUGUCAAAAAUAGUUUUCUUGUCUUGUCUUAGUCCCAAUUUUUGUUUUGUUUUCAGAAAUGUGCAGUUGAACAAAACACAACAAUGGAUUUUUCCAACAUCCGGCAUUACACAAGCUUCGAAGACAAUGAGGCUAACCUGCGCACCAUGAAAACAAUCCAAAGCUUAGAUCAAAUGUACAAAACGUAUAUACCUCCAACAAUGCCGAAAAGUGUGAAAACUUCACCCCCUUCAAUUUUGAAAAACCAAAACACAAGUCAAAAUUCUAAUCCCAGCCUUGCGCAGGUGGUCUCCUCGACUACAUUGCAGAACAAUUUGAGGGAUCAGCCACAUGAUGAACUACUCAACAAGCCUGAAAAUGCAAAUAACCGCAUUGCUUCCGGGCAAAUUAUCAAGCGAGGUGGAAACACGUCAUCGUUUGAUAGCUCGGAAAAUACAAAUGGAGCCCCUCUACGUUGUUUACGUAGGACGAACAAUGUAACCUUCGCCGAGACAGAAAUAUACCAUGGAUAUGGAUCAUUUACCUCUCAGAACCGCAGCUAUUCCAACCCAUCUUAUUGCGUCUAUCCAACCUGCUGCGACUGUUGUGAUUUUUCUGACGAGUAUGAACAUGAACAGAAGUGUGAACAGCCAUUUGAAAAGCCAUAUAAACAACCGUAUGAACAGACUUAUGAACAGCCCUAUGAACAGUCAUAUGAACAUCCUGAUGGACAUCUUUAUGAACAAUCAUAUGACCAGUCGUGUGAAAAGUCAUAUGGACAGCCGUAUGAACAGCAGAAUCCAUCUGAUCAUGGUAUUGGCUGUUGCUGCUUUGAGCAGACUUCAGAUACUUCCGGUACUUUCGCUACUUCCGCUACACUCGCUACUUCCGCUUCGGAAGCUCAAGAAGACAGUGGCUCGGUUUCACCAGAACUUCCUUUAUAUUGCUGCUGCGCGCAAAAAAACUUGGUCAACGAUGUCGGCUUAGAGGCCACUUCCCAGGAGGAGAUGAAAAACAUACGCUCUAAUGAAUCCCUGUGUGGCGGCGCAGAAAGUCCAAAAGUCUGCCAGUGUUUUACACCAAUAGCAACUAAUUGUUGUGACUAUAGCUCUGCGCCUUGUGCUUGCAGCCAAGAUUCCACUUCUGAACUGUCAGGAACUAGCAACGAAGAAACGAGCACCGAAAGCAGAUUCCAUUCCGAUCCUACCCAGUACUCUUUUUCUAGCUCUUCACAUCGUGCCACCACCAGCAACUGCUCAUCGAGGCCGAGUUGUGAUUCAAAAACCCGCAAGGUUCGCAAAGCAAGUGAUAGCUUUUCCAAAAACUCUUCUCGGGGAUCACUUAAAACUACGGGGUUCAAAUUUCCCGAUUGUUGCUGCCUGGAAAAAAAUGAUUCUGAUCGGGGUUUCAUAAUGCCAAAACCAGAAGACUGCAAAGUUUGUACAAAAACUGGUAAUGAUUGCUGUGGUUGUGAUGCUUGCAGCUACCGGAAAAUACAGUCUUUCCCAAAGAGGGCUACCUGGGACAGCUCCUAUGGAUACAAAACUAAUCAAUGCGAUAUUAGAAGUCCAGAACUCCCCAUAGUUUUACCAGGACCUUCAAUUAAUUGCGGUGGAUCUGGUGCUUGCAGCUACCCGAAAAUAUCGACUUGCCCAGAGGGUGUUACCUGGGAGAGCUAUGGAUACAACGGCAAUCCAUGCAAUAGCCUGAUGAUGCCACAACCAGAAGUCUCCAACGUUUUUCCAGGACCUUCAAUUAAUUGCGGUGCUUGCAGCUACCAGAAAAUGCCACCUAGUCAAUCCAGGGUUACCUGGAACGACGCCAAACAACACAAUGAUGCCAUGUAUAGUUGCUUCUUGGAUGGUCCAAUCCAGACCCAAACCGUUUACAACAGGGACUACAAGGCACACACAGGCGUGGGCAACCAGCAUCACCAACUUUACGGUGGCUGCUGUUGGAAGGAUUUGCCGCUGGGCGGCGGGUUCGGGCAGUGUACCUUUUCCCAAUGUUCUUCUGAUAGCAAUCCGAUUCAGGUUGAUGCCAACCCAUAUCGCCCUCCGUCUUGCACUCUGGGUAAAAGUUGCAGUCCUAUUCCCGAUAAGGAUUCCAAUUGCUGCCCGUUGAAACUUACUGGUGGAGGUGCCACCCCAGGAGUCUGCCAAAUCGAUGGAUGUUGCCCAAUGAAUGCACCAUGCUACAGUCCUAUGGGAUGGGCACAGGCACCGUGCGGUCUUUAGGGACAGGCACUGAAGGGUUGUGGUUUCAGUGGCCAAAAACAAACAAAUUUCAAAGAGUUAUACUGGAUAAGAAAAAUAAGUUAAGUUAUUUUAAUUUCACCCAUAGCCCGUAGGAACUAUUAGCGGCUAACAAUUAAUACGUUCUUUCAAAAUCAUUCGACAAUUUAUCAAAUUUAAUAAAAUUCAAAUCCAGUAGGAAAAAAGGGAAA